UUUCUGUCAGGUUGUAUUUUGGUUUAGAAAUGAUAGCGUUCACGUUUAAUUGUGUCAUCAAACUGCGCCUUUACCAAAUCUGAUGGAAGAAAUUCAGCUGUCAAAAUGCGUAUUGUACACGUGGGGAGCCAACAGUUACGGGCAACUCGGGAAGGGACACGCGGAGGAUGAAGCCGAGCCGCGGCGCGCAGAAGGGCUGCAGACAGAGCAGAUCCGAUGUAUAACCGGAGGAGGUGGACAUACUGCAGUCAUUACAGAGUCAGGUGAGCUGCUGAUGUGUGGACAGAAUCACAAAGGUCAGUUAGGGCUCAGGCACACUUCAGAGGUCAUGACCUUUCAACCCUGCUCUUUGCCUGGGUGCAGGAGAGUUCAGUCUGUGUCCUGUGGCUGGGACUUCUCUCUUAUUUUAACAAAUGAGGGUCAGGUCUUGGCAUGCGGCUCCAAUGCAUUUGGACAGCUGGGCGUCUCACCGCAUGUAACACACACAGCAGAACCUUUACAUGUGAAGGUACUGAGCGAGUCGGUAACCAGUGUGGCCGCAGGUCUUAGACAUGCAUUGGCCAGAACAGCAUCAGGUUGUGUGUAUCAAUGGGGAACUGGCCUGUCUAGUCUUGCCAAAAGAACAUUAAGUCCCCAGCCUGUUCCUGCGCACCUAACCUCUAAGGAGCCCUGCCCUGUCCCGGGACUGGACCAUGUGACCCCACAGAAGGUAGUUGCAGGCUCCGCCCACUGCAUCUGUUUGACAGUCACAGGUGAUAUAUUUCUAUGGGGAAGUAAUAAACAUGGUCAGCUAAUCGGCGACAGUCCCUUCCUGCCCCUUCCUGCGGUUCUAGAUCAAUCUCUCCUGCGAAGAGAGAGAGCGACCGACAUUCACAGUGGCUGGACACACGUCAUCGCACAAACAGAGAGUGGGCGGGUCUUUACAUGGGGCAGAGCCAAUUAUGGGCAACUGGGACAGACGGUGGUAACCAAUCAGGAAAGAGAAUCACAAUCGGACAGAAGCUCUGGUCCCACAAACGGCCCUUUUGAAGUUAAAGGUUUAUUUGGAGCAACACAGAUUGCGUGUGGAUCGGAACACAACCUGGCUGUUGUGGGAGGUCGAAUCUUCUCCUGGGGCUGGAAUGAACAUGGAAUGUGUGGAGAUGGUUCCCUCUGUGACAUCACGCAACCACAACCAAUCCCCAGUCUCGUAGACUGUACGCCUCUUCUGAUUGGCUGCGGAGCAGGACAUUCGAUGGCACUUUGCAGUAUGAAGAGCAACAAAGAUUUAGCAAGCUAAACAGGUUUCGAUUUUCAACAGGCACACUUAACCGGAACACUUAACCAUUUGUGGCCUUUCUGCAAAUAUUCAUAAUCGUAAGAAGCAGAAUUUAGUUUUUUGUCUUGUUUUCUUUUUCUUUUUUAUUAUAGUUAAUGAUUACUAUUGUCUGUGAAACUCCUUGUUGAAAAGUCAAUGAGGUAUUCACUAGUGCACAUUAUGCAUUCACUAUUCAGAGAUUGAAGUUCAGUGAGGAGAGGCAAAUUCAAUCAGACUCUAUGGAUGGGUUUUAAAUAUUGUCAGAGGUCUGGUGCUCAGGUUACUAGCUGUAUUGUACUGAGACGGCCAUUUGUACUGCCUUCGGUUCGAUAUACUGUCAGAAAUGAUGCUGGAUCAUUUCCUGUGACCUCCUUAUGAUUGGAAAUACACUUAAAUAACCUUCAGAUUUACUGAUAUGAUAUGACCUAAUGAAAGUACUUCAUCUCUCAGAAUGCCCUGUUAUGAUACUAUCAGAAUGGUCUAGCGUAGAUUUAUUUAAAUGUUAUUACUAUGAGCUUUGAAACUCUUUGUUGAAAAGUCAAUGAUGAGGUAUUCGCUAGUGCGAGAUUGAAGUUCAGCCUUAUAGACAUGAAAAAUUACAUUAUUGACAGUGUAAUGUGUAAAUUGUUCAAUGUAAGACAAUAGUACACACAGUAAAGUCCAUGAGUCUGAAAGCAUUGGUGAAUACCCUUCUGCUUUUUAUGUUUAAUACAAAUGUAGCAGCAUAAAUUAUAUAUUUAUAAAAUAGUGUAUGUAAGAAUAAACAAUUGUGUAUUGAUAUACGAAAUUCUUAAAAAAUUUUAUUCACCCUCAUAUUGUUACAAAACUGUAUACAUUUCUUUGUUCUGCUGAACACAAAGGAAGAUAUUUGUAAUAAAGCAGGAAACAGAAGCACCAUUGACUUCAACCAUCCCUUUAAAGGAAAACAGCACCGUUUUUCAAUAUUUUAAUAUGUUAUUACCUCAACUUUGACAAAUUAGUACAUACCUAUCUUUAUUCAAUGCGUGCAUUUAAUCUUUGUACAGCGUGUUGUGAACGUGUUAGCAUUUAGCCUAGCCCCAUUCAUUCCUAAUGCUGCCUUUACACCAACCAUGGUAGAGGCGUGAAGCGCGAGUGAUUUCAAUGUUAAGUCAAUGUGAAGCCGCUUUGAAGCGCGUCUGGAGGUCCUGCGUUUGGCGCGGAAGACGCGUUUCCGCCUCAUUCGAGCGUCUAGUUCACGCGAAAGCCGCAAAUUUAGCGCUGUGCGCACGAAUGGUGCUUUCUGUGCAUUUUGAGGUUCACGCGAAUUGAUAAAGUUGAACUUUGGCGGAAUUUCGCGCCACGUUAACAAAUGUUUAACUUGCUGCUGUGGUGGCAGCCCCGCCCGGAGUCACUCAUUCGACCAACGUUUGAUAUUGUCCGUAAGCAGUCACCCGGAGCUAUAAGACACAAGUUCUUAUUUCUAUAGAGGAGACAGGAAUAAAAAGGACCUCGCUUGUAAGAGUCACGUGAAGUUUAUCGACCCGCACCGUUUAUUUCCCCUCUAUAGUAAGGUUACCAAAUACAAACUGGUAACUCUCUCGAUAAAUGCACAAUCAACAUCAGUCAUCUUGCAAACAGACAACCGCAUAGCACUUGCCCCUCCCACAAGAAGCGGAGUCAAAUGCUUGCUUUUUCCG